AGUAAAUGUGUUAUACAUAUAUAUUGCCACUGCCUGUAAUUUGCUAAUCUUUGUUUGCCGUUAUACAGGACUGCUUGCCCCAGCGCUUCCCUGUCGGGUGUUGAAGCGGCUGAAAAGCUGUCGAGAUGCAACAAUCUCAGUGGUUGGCUGUCCUCCCGCGUCUGCCUGACGCAUUACGUGGAGGUGCAUUGAAUCUCACCAUCUCAACACUGCAACUCAAUUACAACUAUCGGCAGUAAAAUAUAGUCAGAAUGAGUAAAGAAAUGGAUCUCAUUGAUACCAUGUCCAUGGCUUCCACUGUUGAUAGCCAAGGUACGCCUACACACACAACGACAACCGAACACUGCAGAGAUUACACCGAAUCCGUUCCCUACCCCGGAGCCAUCUUCAUCAUUCGCCAUCGCGACUCAGGCAAAGUCAUCACCAUCGUCAACGGCGACCUCCGACUCUGUGAGGGCUUCAACCCGAGAGGAGGCUUUCACUGGGAGUGUAUCGAACGAGAUAGAUGGCUGGGCUUCCGAAACUGUGUUUCUGGGACUAUCAUCGGCCACAAUGAGAGGAAGAAGUUCAUCGCGAGAGUCGAUAAGCAUCAGUCGCAUGAGUACUUUACGCUUCGACCGAGUCCGCAGGGUGGUUAUGAGCUUUUGAUGAGACAUGGGCAAGAGUUGUGGAGUAUGGCUGUUGGAGAUGAUGGGAGUGAGUUGGUUGAAAUGAGAGGUGAAGGUGCUCUGUGGGACUUUCUGAAGGCUUGAUGGUAUUUAUAUUUGGACCUGACGGAAUCUUUUUGUCUUAUUUAUGGCAUAGUGCCUCUGAGCUCUGACACAUAGCCGCGAAUAUCCUCCUUUUCUUCAUUGGUGAGAGAUAUCUGGAAAUACUUCUCAAGAG